UUUGCCUUGCAUAUUGUCACGCUUGUGAGUCCCACCCAGCAUAGGACCUACCUGCCUGUUGCCACCAGACAGAGGAAAAAUUGGACCCCUAGGUGGGGAGGUCAGAGCCACAAGCCUCAGGUGCCCUCCCUACCCCUGAUGCCAGGUGGACACCCCAGCUCUGGCUCUUGACGCAGGCCCACAGGCCACCAAGCCUCAUAGACAGGUGGCAGACAUGGAGGAGCUGACCAUCUGGGAGCAGCACACAGCCACACUCUGCAAGGACCCCCGCCGGGGCUUUGGCAUUGCAAUCUCUGGAGGCCGAGACAGGCCCAGUGGAUCUGUGGUUGUGUCCGAUGUGGUACCUGGAGGGCCAGCUGAGGGCAGACUACGGACAGGAGACCAAAUCGUCAUGGUGAAUGGGGUCUCCAUGGAGAAUGUCACCUCCUCUGUUGCCAUUCAGAUACUCAAGACUUGCACCAAGAUGGCCAACAUUACAGUGAAGCGUCCUCGGAAGAUCCAGCUGCCUGCCACUAAGACUAGCCCCUCCAGCCCAGGGCGCCAGGACUCAGACGAGGAGGAUGGGCCCCAGAGGCUGGAAGAUGUAGACCAUGGCCGGGGCUAUGAGGGUGACUCAUCCAGUGGCUCUGGUCGCUCCUGGAGUGAGCGCUCCCGCAGGCCAAGGGCUGGCCGUCGGAGCCGGGCUGGCAGCCGUGGGCGCAGAAGCCCAGGCAGUGGCCCUGAGGCCAAUGGGCUGGCCCUGGUGUCUGGCUAUAAGCGGCUGCCAAGGCAGGAUGUGCUGAUGAAGCCAGUGAAGUCGGUGCUGGUGAGGAGAAGGGACAGCGAAGGUGAGUGGGGAGGUCAAGCCAGAUCAGCUUCAGGACUAGGGUACAGUGCUCAGGUGAGCACCAAGCCGAUAAUCAAUGGGGUAUCCAGUGAGAAUCUAUCCCUGAGUGACACCCGGCGACUGAUUGAGAAGUCAGAAGGGAAGCUGACUCUGUUGGUGUUGAGGGAUCAAGGGCAGUUCCUGGUGAACAUCCCACCUGCUAUCAGCGACAGCGACAGCUCCCUUCUGGAGGACAUCUCGGACAUAGACUCACAGCUGUCACAGGCACCACCGUCCCACAUCCCACCACCACCCCGGCAUGGACAGCAGACCCCAGAGGCCAGCCAGACCGACUCCCCCGUAGAGAGCCCCCAGCCUCGACGGGGAAGGUCACUGGAUUCUAGAACUGUCUCAGAACCAGACUCACCCAGGGGAAGCAGCUAUGACAUCUCCAGGGUGCCCAGUGGUCAGAGCAUGGAGGAUCGUGGGUACAGCCCUGACACAAGGGUGGUCCGCUUCCCCAAGGGCACAAGCAUUGGGCUGCGUCUGGCUGGAGGCAAUGAUGUGGGCAUCUUCGUGUCAGGGGUACAGGCGGGCAGCCCAGCUGAUGGACAGGGCAUCCAGGAGGGAGAUCAGAUCUUACAGGCGAAUGGCAUGCCCUUCCAGAGCCUGACACGGGAGGAAGCUGUGCAGUUUUUGUUGGGGCUACCACCAGGCGAGGAAAUAGAACUCUUGACACAGCGGAAGCAGGACAUCUUCCGGAAAAUGGUGCAAUCUCGAGUGGGUGACUCCUUCUAUAUUCGCACACACUUUGAGCUGGAGCCCAGCCCGCCAUCUGGCCUGGGCUUUACCCGUGGUGACGUCUUCCAUGUGCUAGAUACACUGUACCCAGGGCCUGGGCAGAGCCAUGCUCGAGGAGGCCUCUGGCUGGCAGUGCGCAUGGGUCGUGACCUCCGAGAGCAAGAGCGGGGUGUCAUUCCCAACCAGAGCAGGGCAGAGCAACUAGCCAGUCUGGAGGCUGCGCAGCGAGCUGUCGGGGUUGUGCCUGGCUCCUCAGCAAGCUCUAGUGCUCGGGCUGAGUUCUGGAGGCUUCGAGGUCUUCGACGAGGAGCCAAGAAGACCACCCAAAGGAGCCGUGAGGACCUGUCAGCUCUGACCAAACAGGGUCACUACCCACCAUAUGAACGAGUGGUGCUUCGAGAAGCCAGCUUCAAGCGCCCUGUGGUUCUCCUGGGACCUGUGGCAGACAUUGCUAUGCAGAAGUUGACUGCUGAGAUGCCCGACCAGUUUGAAAUUGCAGAGAGCGUGUCAAGGACUGACAGCCCCUCGAAGAUCAUCAAACUGGACACUGUGCGUGUGAUUGCAGAGAAAGACAAGCACGCACUCCUGGAUGUGACCCCAUCGGCAAUUGAGCGCCUCAACUAUGUGCAGUACUACCCCAUCGUGGUCUUCUUUGCCUCUGAGAGCCGGGUGGCACUCAAGGCACUGCGCCAGUGGUUAGCACCUGCUUCCCGCCGCAGUACCCGCCGCCUCCAUGCACAAGCCCAGAAGCUGCGGAAGCACAGUGGCCACCUCUUCACAGCCACCAUCUCCCUGCAUGGCACAAAUGACACCUGGUACCAGGAGCUCAAGGACAUCAUCCGAGAGCAACAGACCCGGCCCAUCUGGACGGCUGAGGACCAGUUGGAUAGCUCCUCAGAGGAAAACUUGGACCUCCCGCACUGCGGCCUGGCCGAUAGCGCUGCCGACCUCAGCUGCGACAGUCGGGCCAACAGCGAGUAUGAGGAGACGGAUGGUGAAGGUGGCGUCUACACAGAUGGAGAGGGCUACACAGAUGGCGAGGAUGGGCCCCACAUGGAUGUGGACGACAGGCCCUUGAUGGCAGCCCUGGCUCGGUCCUCAGAACCUGUGCAAGUGGAUGAGCCCCAGAGUCUGAGGAAUGGGAGAAUAUCAACUCGCCAGGGGACCCAGGUGGGCAGUUACCACCCCCAGGGUCAGUGGCGACAGGACAGCAUACGGAUAUAUGAACAAGAAGCCCUGAAGAAAAAGUUUACACAAGCCCGAGAUGUGGACUCUUCUGAUGACGAUGGCUAUGACUGGGGCCCAGCCACUGACCUGUGACCCUUCCAAGCUACCAGGCCCAGGCCUCACGAUGCCAUCUUCCACGCAGAAGCCUAGCUGCUCGUGGGUGUGGGGCCGGUGGAUGAUGGCGGUGGUAACAGGUGGACAAUGGACGAUGC